AUGUUUGACCCGCCUACCAAAGAAAAUUCUGAAAUCUACACAAGCGCCACAUCAGACAUUCCUGCUCAGCAUGACACUUCGAUCGAGCCAAGACCCAAGUCUCCACCCAUCGCCUUGUUCGAUCCGUCUAUCCAAGAGAACUACGAAUUGAAAUUCAACACUAAGUCGGACAUAUUGGACCACUAUGAUAGUGGCAGCGACAUUCAGACUGUCAUCCUGUGUGACAGUCCCUCCGACAAAGACCCUAUUACGCUUCAUACCUCCAUCUCUACCAAGGAAGGUCGUCGUGUCAUAUCCAGCGGGUUGUUUGACGAUCACUCUGAUGAAUCCACUUCUGGGAGCACGAGGAGAUCAGGUAUCCCCUCCAGUAACAGUUCUGGAUCGUCCUCCAUGGCCAGUGUUGAUACGAAACCAGAAUCUCCACCUAUCGCCUUGUUCGACCAAUCUACCAAAGCGAGUUGCGAACUGAAAGCGGUCGCUACAUCAGACAGAUCAGAUCAGUAUAAAAGUGACAGUGAUGUCCAAACCGUUAUCCUAUGUGACAACCCCUCUGAGAAUGACCCUGACACACUUAAUGUCCCCACCGCUAGCCAGGAGGAGCCAAGCACCAUAUCCGACACUCUCUCUGAUAACCUUGCUUACGACUCCUCUGAAUCCUCUUCGUGGCGCUCAAAUAACCUUGUGGGUUCCAAAUCGGAUUCGUCCUCCAUAGACAGCCUUGAUACCUCAUCACAGCAUGAUUCUGAGUCAGAGGAAGAUGAAGAUCUAACCCCAAGAGGUUCCCAAAGUGUGGCGGCAUACGCCUCUCCUAUUCAGGAUGGUUGGCGUGUUCGGACCAGCUGUGACAGUAUCUACGACCUAGGUCGGUGGCAAGUCGAUCCAGAUGGAUUUAUCAAUGAGAAAUAUCGCGCUGGAGGGCCAUACCUAUGUCCCUUACCUGUCACAAUCCUCGAUCUGAAAGGCAGUUCCCCUUUAUGGACAGUCUUAGAAACUUUUAGCCUUUCCAGGAUGAUCAACUCCGUUCUUGCGCAGUACGAAAUCAAUGCAUCCUCGAUGAAGAUAAAGAAAUGCGAGCCAGAUCAUAGUCUUGAAAUCUCCAUCGAGCCUGUGGCAACGUUGAUCAUCACUGCAACUCGCGGCACAUUUAGCCACGCUUGGGUGCAGGCCUGUCGCCAAAUCUGGAAAAACCUAUCCGACAACCAGCUUGGUCAUGUUAAUGUCGAAAUCUCCGACCCAAUUAUUCACGACCCAUUUCUCGUGUUGCCAAUGGGGCCGCAGGACCGCAUUCAUUCAAUCCACAGCGCAGUGAUACAAAGAAUUGAAUAUGAAGCCGAUCUGAGGGAUUGCCUUAGCUAUGAAGCGAUGCGCAUCGGAAGACCCGAUAAUACUAAGGACAGUGAGGUGGUAAUGUUCCUGACGGUGGAUUCCAACAGCAAGCGAGACUGGCGCGGUCCCCGAGACCAGAUUGUGUUAAUUUUGGAAGAUUUCAAUCUUCCAAUGACCCCCGAGGACCACAAACUAAAGCAAGGCCGAGUGCCUGAGCUGGUUUCAACUGUUGAAUUGGCAAUAUCCGGCCAAAGGUCAGGGUACAUGGAAGGCUACUAUUACUCCCUUCGCCCGGCCCGCGUACAUCAUGAACUGAUUGAUGGAGAGAAGGUAUUAAUCACAACCAUCGAACAUUACGUACAGAGCAAGGGGGACAAGGGCCGAUUCUUCUGGAAGCCUGGAGAUUCCGGAUCAUUGGUGUACACCGUGAAUGGCCAUGUGGUGGUCGACCUGCUCUUUGCGGGCGACUUGGAUCUCCCGUGGACUUCGCGCUUCGCCCAUAUCGACGAUUUGGUGGCAGACAUCAAAUGUACCACCGGGGCGGCGGAGGUGCAACUUUGGAAAGGCUGA